UUCACAGUGCAGCCUCUCAUGGAUGGAUUUGAGGGAAAACAAGGCUACAGCCAGAGAUUUGGUCUUCACCAUAUCAACUUUGAAGAUGCAGACAGACCAAGAACCCCAAAGCAAUCUGCAUAUUUCUACUCUCAGGUUAUCAAGCUAAAUGGAUUUGGUUCACACAAAGGUGAUGUUUUUAAAGGGGCAGAGAUGCAACUUACCCGCCAUCGAACUGCUUUAUCACCCUCAGAGGUUCCAUCUAAAUCAAAGGUUGUCUGGGAGAAAUUCUCACACCAGUCAAAAUUCCAGAGAAAAGUGUACCACUAUGGCACUUUCCCACAAGGCUUCAGUUGGGGAGUAUCGUCUUCGGCUUACCAGAUUGAAGGAGGCUGGAAUGCUGAUGGGAAGGGGCCCAGCGUCUGGGAUACAUUCACCCACAAACCCGGCAGUAACCAGAAAGGUGUUGACUACUACAAUAGACUCAUUGAUGGCCUCUUAGCAUAUAACAUCACUCCCAUGGUGACACUCUACCACUGGGACCUCCCUCAAGCUUUGCAAAACAUUAGUGGUUGGGAUAAUAUAGACAUGAUUAACAUUUUUAAUGACUUUUGUGACUUUUGCUUUGCCACCUUUGGCGACAGAGUGAAAUUUUGGAUGACCUUUAACCAGCCUCACACAAUUGCGUGGUCAGGAUAUGGACUUGGACAGAUCCCCCCAAAUGUUAAGAAUCCAGGAGUUGCACCAUACAGAGUUGCACACAACCUUAUAAAAGCACACGCCAAGGCUUACCACACAUAUGAUGAUAAGUAUCGCAAAUCCCAAGGUGGUAGAGUGUCCAUUGCCCUCAAUGCUGAUUGGAUCGAACCAGGAGAAUCUCAGGAAGAUGUCGAUGCAGCCAAGCAAUACUUGCAAAUAAAUGUCGGUGCCCGAAUUUGCUACAAGUACCCCACUGCAACCACACUAGAGACCACUGUAGAUACAACUGUCCCUGUUCUGCCCCUGAAUAUGGUGGACUUCUUGGGUCUGGAGCUUUCACCUCAUGAUGCUGAAGUUGCACUUUAUGUCAUCUUUGUCAUAGGAGAGUUGAGAUGA